ACAGAAACGGAUCCAUCUGCAGAAACAGAGACACGUUGAUCCUCUGAGGAAUCCGCUAACCAGGUUCCUUUAAUAAUAAUAAUAAUAAUAAUACAUAGCAUUUUUAUAGAGCCAGGUCUCAUUUGAUCCAGUUAUCCUCUCCAUUAACACAGAGAAUGAAGUUCGUGCUGGUUCUGGUGGGCGCCGGUUCUCUGGCCUUCCUCGGCGCGGUGAUCUGCAUCAUCGCGAGUGUUUACCCCCGGAAACACGCCUCUUUCCCCGGGGACAACAGCACGCUGGGCCCGGAGGCGCUCAUGGAGCCUCUGGAGCCUCUGGAGCUCACCGGAUCCGACUCUUACCGCGGGGAGAACGGGCUCGGAGGCCUGGAGCUUCCCGGUCUGAACCACGUUCACCUCGGGGAGGGCACCGGAGGAGGGUCCGCCAAACAGUUCAGCUUCAGCCGGUUGAUCUGCACCCCGGUGCCGGUGGGGGAGUGCCGGGGAAACAUAAAGGACCUGAAGAGGCAGCAGCAGGCGGACCAGCCUGAGGAAGACUGGAGUUUCCUUCGCACCACAGCAGAGGAUCUCCGUCAGAUGGUUGUUCAGCAGAACGAUCAGAUCUUGAUGGACCAGAGGACGAUCCGCGAGCUGACGGGGAAGCUGAACGAGUGUGAGAGCGGCCUGGAGGACGAGAGGAAUGUUCCUGAGCGGAGCAUCGGGGUGUGGAGCGGGAACAGGAGAGUGAUGGCUGGAGACGAUGUGAGCUCUUCAGCCGCCGCUCAGCUGCAGACGGCCCGAGCUGUGGAGGAACUGGCAAGGGCCAUCAUGGACCUGAAGGACCGCAUCGAGAAGCUGGAGGCGGAGAUCGGCCCUGCGGCUCUAAACCUCUCCGACUCGUCUCCAGGCAGUAACAAUCCAGGUGUAAACCCCCCCAGACCCCCCGCCCCACCCCCCAGCAGAGCUUCCUCUUCCUCCUCUCCUGCUCCUCUUCCUCGCCGUCCCGCCUCCCCCGGACCCCGACCCCCCCCAGCUAAAGGCUCCCCCAGGGGGAAGGCUCCCUGGAGGGUGGAGGACCUGGAGGGGGAGCUGGAGAGGAAGAUCAAGCUGCUGGAGAAGGAGCGUCAGACCAUGAGGACGGAGACCGAGGGCCAGCAGGAGAAACUGAACCAGGGCAUCGACACGGCCGACGCCAGGGUGCAGGAGCUGGAGACAACGCUGACGGAGCCUUCGUUCCCGGAGGGCUUCGUGCUCUCCUUCCCGAUGAGGACCAACUACAUGUACGGCCUGGUGAGGAAGGAGAUCUCUGAGAUGUACGCCUUCACGGCCUGCGUCUGGCUGAAGGUCCGAGAGGGCGGCAUCGGGACCCCCUUCUCCUACUCUGUGCCGGGUCAGCCCAACGAGCUGGUGCUGCUGCAGGGGGUCCACAACCCUGUGGAGCUGCUCAUCAACGACAAGGUGGCGCAGCUGCCUCUGACGCUGACGCAGGACACCUGGCAGCACAUCUGUGUGAGCUGGACGCUGAGGGACGGCGUCUGGAAGGCCUAUCAGGGCGGAAAGAUGAAGGGCCGGGGGGAGGGGCUAGCUGCCUGGCAUCCAAUCAAACCUGGAGGAGUCCUGAUCCUGGGCCAGGAGCAGGACACCUUGGGGGGUCACUUUGACGCGUCGCAGGCUCUGGUGGGGGAUCUGUCUCAGUUCAACCUGUGGGACCGGGUCCUGAAGCCAGCUGAGGUCCUCGCUCUGUCCGAGUGCAGCUCCUCGGCGCUGGGGAACAUCGCGCCCUGGACCGACCUGGACGUAGACGUCUACGGAGGAGCCACCAAGGAGUCUCUGGACCCCUGCCACGCCCAGAGUUCUGGCCCCAAACAGUGAGGGGAGGGGGGGGUGGAGUUAGUGUUGGUGGACGGAGAGAUGGACGGAGAGAUGGACGGAGAGAUGGACGGAGAGAUGGACGGAGAGAUGGACCGGUUUCUGUUUGUUUUUAGUGUUGGUGUCGUGGAUCCGAUUGUAACACUCACAACAUUAAAGGUCCCCUAUUAUACUGUUUUUCAUUCAUAUAUUAUGGGUCUCAGAUGUAUACAAAACCUCUUUUUGGAACUAAAUGAAUACUCACUAGAGUGGCUUGAAACACAUGAUUAUAUGAAUAGCUUUUGAAGUGGGAUUUAGUGUUGGGAGGCCUGCUGCUGGACGGAGAGAUGGACCGGUCGCUUCUGUUUGUGUGCAUGAGACAGCCAAAUAUAUUCAGUUAAAUCCUAACAAGAACUUGUUAUGAAACCCUUGUUUUACUAUAUUUGUUAUGAGAAAGGAUUGUUAUAGGCUCUCUAUCCCAAUAGUGGCGUGAGUGUACCCGGAUUUAAUCUAAUCAGGACGAUGCUCCACAGAAUACCCAAACACACAAAUUAGUAGGUCGACUUCACACCAGCCUCAGCAGUUAAAAUGGCUCUUCAAUGAUAGAGAACUUAUUUUAAAUGAGACAAUAAGUCAACGAUUAGGGGUUAUGAAAUGAUGAGGAAUUGUGACAGUCUGUUAAGGGUUGGUAGGAAUGCAGGACGUAAGAAACAAGAGGUCUAGUAGUUUUUAUUUUGUAUUAUUCAAAUGUUUAUUUGAAACACAAGUCAUGCACAGUUUGUAGUGUUGCUGUCCACGUGUAAUCCUGCAGAAAGUCACCUGAGUGCAUGAAAGGAAACACUGGCAUGAACCGGACUCCUGGGGAAACAUCGAUUAUCUGCUCCGGUUAAAUGUCGAUAAAAGUAACCACGCAUUCAGGCAGAAAAAUCUCAUGGAUCAACUCAGACUGAUAAUAAUCUUAAUUUAUGAAAUAUAUCAAGGUGGGUCAAUGUCUCCUCAGACAGCGGCUUGUAGGAUAUCUUGUGAAAAGUUAUCCGUCGUUGUUCUGCUUUGAAAUAACAAUCUCCGCUCAUCACAUAUAAAGUCAUAAAGUAUAAUUAUGUAUUAUUUAGAAAAGCAUUUUCAAAAUAAACUUCCAUCGUUACUUAGGUCUGACAGAUAAUCCAAUGUUUACUGUAAAUACCUACAGAAGUGGCAAGUACGCACGUUUUGUUGACAAAUUGUUCAUAGUUAAAAUAACCACAGAAAAAGCCUGAAAUUACAGGGCAAAAAAGUGUUACUGAAAGUUACGCAACAAAUAAUUCAGAAACGUUUUGAUUGAAAAAAACUACAAAUGUAACUUAAAUCCAGAAGUCACGUGACCAUGAGUCCUUGUUUGAGCUUUACUCAAAGAUAAAUACAUCAACGUUUCGGUUAAAAAACAAUGGAAAUGGCGUUAAUCAAGAACAGGAGUCACGUGAACUAUUAGACCUAGGUUUGAGUUGGAAAUGUUACUCGAAUCUACGCGACGUUUGGGUUGAAAAAACGAUGUUACGUGACAAAAAAGUUUACGUUUUUUUAAUGGAGUCUACCUAAGUACUGCAUGUGAAAAAUAAGUUAACCGUACGAAAUGUACGUGAUAAAUAAAUCUGGUUUCAAACUUUAAAAAAAUAGUUACUGAAAGUUACGCGACAAAUAAUUCGGAAACUUUUGAUUGGAUAAAACUACGAAGGUGACUUAACUCCAGAAGUCACAUGACCAUGAGCCCUUGUUUAGGCUUUACUCUUGUCCCAAAGUUACGAGAUAAAUACAUCAACGUUUCGGUUAAAAAAACAACGGAAAUGGCGUUAAUUAAGUACGGAAGUCACGUGACAAAUUAGUCGUUGGUUUGAGUUAGAGUUACUACGGAGGAAAUGUUACUCGAAGCUACGUGACGUUUGGAUUUAAAACGGUUAACGUUUUUUUUUUUAUGAAGGAGUCUGCCUACGUUUUGCACGUGAAAUAUAAGUCAACAGUUUGGGAUACUACGAUAUUUACGUGACAAAUAAAUCUGGUUUCACACUUUUAAAAAAGAGUGACUGAAAGUUACGCGACACAUAAUUCAGAAUCGUUUUGAUUGGAUAAAACUACGAAGGUGACUUAAAUGCAGCAGAAGUCACGUGACCAUGAGUCCUUGUUUGGGUUAAAAUAACUAUGAAAGAAGCUUUACUCAUGUCCCAAAGUUACAAGAUAAAUAUAUCAAUGUUACGGUUAAAAAAACAAUGAAAUGGCGUUAAAUUAAGUACUGAAGUCACCUGACCAAUUAGUCGUUUGAGUUAGAGUAACUAUGCAGGAAAUGUUACUUGAAGCUACAUGACGUUUGGGUUAAAGUAGCUAUGAAACCUCUACUCAUGCAUCAAAUGGCGUUAAUUAAGUACGGAAGUCACAUGACCAAUUAGUCGUAGGUUUGAGUUGGAAAUGUCAUUCGAAGUUACUUGACGUUUGGGUUGAAAGUUACAUGACCAAAAAGUUGACUUAUUUUGUUAUUCUUUUUAUUUUUUUAAGUACUCCACGUGAACAAUAAGUCAACAGUUUGGGAUAAAACAUAUUACGAAAUGUACGUGACAAAUAAAUCUGGUUUCACAUGAACUGUCUUCUGGUUCACGGUUACAUAAAAAGUACUUAAGCUGUAAAUACACAGAUAACGUUCCACAGGUAUCUGACCUGUGAGAAACAGCUCAACCUGAAUCUGAAGCUCUCCUGGUUCUAAAGGGUUUCAUUCGCUGUGAGUAUCGUCUGUGUUCAGGUUUUCUACAUCCAUGAUCUGGUCAAACCGUGGUCUUAUUACUGUGUAACGUGAUGUCGCUCUGUGCCAGUCUGCUUUAACCUCUCACAAACCUCACGUUUACUUCAGAAGCUCUGAAUCAAACCGUGCUUUAUCUCUGGAGGUCGUUACAGAUGAGAACAGACAUUUAGGGGCUUUGACUCAAACAGUAAACAAGCCUCAGGUCAACACCGUGUCUUUAAGACCAACAUCUGCUCUCUGUGGAAGUGCCUGCUCUCAUGCCGGAAAUAACUAUACUGUUUUAUUUAUGUCUUCUUCUUCUUCUUCCUCCUCUUCUUCUUGUUCUUCUCUCUCUCUCUUUCUUUCUGUCUGCUUCUGGAUGUCGCGCUUGUCUUUAUUUGCAUCUUCAUGGAUCUUCUAUGAUGUUGUGAAAUAGGUGGUUUAAAAACAAUAAAGAAUAA